CCUCCUCACUCUCUCCUGGCUCAGUCCGGCUGAUCUCUGCUCUGCUGCCAGUUGGGAUGAAGUUCAGUGGUCCGCCUGACUCGCUGGUGGGCUAACCGAACCCAGAGCUCCGUCUGUCAGGCUGCAGAUCAGGAAGGCUCAGAGGAGGGGCGUCGCUCCUGCUGGGAAUAAUGGGAGCUUCUUAUGGGAAGAAGAAAUCGUACAGCAUCGACCAUGAGCCUCUGUCCAGACAGCCGGGCAGGAAGAACGGGAAGCAGCCAAAUGGCAGAGCUUCGGCGUACCCUGAUCUGCAGCAGCAUCGCCCCGGUGACGUCCACAGGAGGCCGUCCCCGGCGUCCAGCUGCGUCCCCCCGCCUGACUACAUGGACGGAGACGAGGACCUGAUCAAACCCAAGAAGCUGCUGAAUCCUGUCAAGACAUCCAGGAGCCACCAGGAGCUGCACAGGGAGCUGCUGAGCAGCUGCAGACGGGGGGGCAGCGGGGUGGAGACCAAGCCGGAGCUGCAGCGGGUUCUGGAGUCCAGGAAGCGGGAUCAGCUGAUCCGCCAGAGGAAACAGGAAGAGGAAGCGCGCAGGAAGAUUUCCCCGCUGGAGGCCGAGCUGCUCAAGAGACACAUGAAGCUGGAGGAGCUGGAGCAUCAGGAGGAGCAGCAGCAGGAGCAGAACCUCAGAGCUCCAGAGUUUGUUAAAGUCAGAGAAAAUCUGAGACGGACAUCCUUCCAUGCAGACGAGAAGGAGGUGUAGAGACGGAGAAACAAAGUGACCAGAAGGUGACAGGAGGACAGGAUGCUCUGGGGACGGAACGUCCGUAGCAGGACUCUGCGAGGUCGGGGAUAUGGCGGCCAUGAUGUCUCCCAGCAGAUGUUAAACCUGUCGGAUCCCUGAUCUGAUGCUAAAGUUUCCGCAUCAUGAUGAUUGUUAGACAACAGCUGCCCCCUGGUGGUCAGCUUGUAGACAGCAGCACCUGGAUGAGCAGGUAGACCCACCUUAAGAGGAAGAGGAGGUUCUUCAUCAGCCUGAUGACGCUUUGAUCAGCAGAAUAGAUUUUCUGCUCUCUCAUUGGUCAGGACGAUCCUCAGGUAUUUCAGCUCAAACUUCUUCUUUGUGCCUUUUCUGUCAGGAACCGUUCCUCUGGGUCCUCCUGCCGCAGCAACAAGUUUUAUGUAGGCUUUAUUAAAACCAGAGCCGUUUUAUAGACGUAACCAUGUUAGAUCUGUGUUGUAGAGUUCAGCUCAGUGAGUUCAAGCUAACUCCUGUAGGACGUCUAACAGCUGCUAACAUCUGGCCCGGCCAGCUGUCCCUCUGCUGGGACCUGACGAUGCAAAGCAGCUGCAGUCACUAACCGACAACAGAGGAACCGCUGAGGCCGGCUCGGCAUGGAGACACAAAACCACUUCCUGUCUGAGUGAGAACAGCUGCAGAGAUUUCACAACACUUCAUGCUCAGACGAUGGACAGUAGGUUUGUUGACUGAUGUUGUGCCUGAAUAAACCUUUAUUAAAACAGCUCA